AUGGCGCAAGACAAACCACCACUGCUACUGAUGCUUCUUCUAUCUACUCUGUCUUUCAACUCAUCAUUCCAGCCCGCUCUGGUGUUAGAAAUGGCCAAGAUUCUUUUGGAAAACUACUGCUUCCCUGAGAACCUGGUUGGGAUGCAGGAGGCCAUCCAGCAAGCAAUCAAAAGUGGAGAAAUCCUGCAGAUUUCAGACAGGAAGACCCUGGCAACUGUUCUCACAGUCGGAGUACAAGGGGCACUGAACGAUCCGCGGUUGACUGUGUCAUAUGAGCCCAAUUUUGUCCCAGUGAUGCCACCGACGCUGCCGUCUCUUCCCAUAGAGCAGUUGAUCUGGCUGGUGAGAAACUCUGUCAAGCUGGAUAUCCUGGACAACAACGUUGGACAUUUGCGGAUAGAUCGGAUCAUUGGGGAGGAGACGGCUACAAAGCUUGGGUCUGUGCUGCAGGACAACAUCUGGGACAAAGUUGCUCAGACUUCCUCAUUGAUCCUUGACCUGAGGUACAGCACAGGUGGAGAAUUGUCUGGAGUUCCCUUUAUAAUUUCCUAUUUCUCUGAUUCUGAGCCCCUCAUUCACAUUGACACGGUUUAUGACAGGCCCUCAAAUACAACCAGGGAACUGUGGACUAUGCCAGUAGUAGGGGGAAAGUAUGGAAAGAAGAAAGACGUGAUUAUUUUAACCAGUAAGCGUACAGUGGGGGCUGCUGAGGCAGUGGCAUAUACAUUAAAAAACCUGAAGAGGGCCAUCACAGUUGGAGAAAGGACUGCUGGUGGGUCAGUAAAAGUCCAAAAGAUUAGGAUCCCUCAGUCAGAGUUCUACAUAACAGUUCCUGUGGCAAGAUCAGUCAGCCCAAUCACAGGCCAAAGCUGGGAAGUUAGUGGCGUUUCCCCAACAGUCAACGUCAUUGCAAAGGAAGCUGUCGCAAAAGCCAAGUCCCUUCUGGCUAUAAGGAGUGCCGUUCCAAAAAUUGUGAAAAGAAUCUCUGACAUAAUCGGGAGGUUUUAUGCUUUCACUGACCGAGCUCCAGCACUUCUUCAACAGCUGCAAUCCACAGACUUAUUCUCUGUCGUAUCUGAGGAGGACCUAGCAUUCAGACUCAACCACGACCUCCAGACUGUGUCUGAAGAUCCACGUUUGAUCAUCAAAUACAUACAAGACAGUGCUGCCAUAGGAGAGGAGGACUCUGAGCUUUACAACGUUCCAGAAGACAUAACAUUUUUAAGAGCACUUGUUGAUACAACGUUUAAAGUGGAAAUUCUCCCACACAAUACUGGCUAUCUCCGCUUUGACAAGUUUGUCAAGUCGUCUGCAGGGGCUAAACUAGAAGAGUUUUUGGCUAAAAAGGUAUGGGAGCCCCUCAAAGACACUAAUAACCUGAUUAUUGAUCUACGCUAUAACACUGGUGGAUCCUCUACCUCUCUAGCCCUUAUACUGUCCUAUCUUAAGGACACUUCCCAGAAGCAUCACUUUUUCACAAUAUAUGACAGAAUUCAGAACACAACAACAGAAUAUGAUUCUCUGUCUCAAAUUACAGGCCCGACCUAUGGCUCCAAACGUGGGGUUUAUGUAUUGACAAGCUACUAUACAGCAAGUGUCGGCGAAGAGUUUGCUUACCUGAUACAGUCACUACAUUACGGCACAGUCAUUGGGGAAAUUACAUCUGGUACCCUGAAUCACUCAAAGACGUUUCGAAUACAGGGGACAAAUAUUGCCAUCACCGUCCCUUUCAUAAACUUUUUAGACAACAAUGGUGAAUGCUGGCUGGGAGGUGGUGUGGUCCCCGAUGCCAUUGUGCUAGCCGAGGAAGCUCUGGAGCAUGUUCAUGAGAUUGCAGAUUUUCACCAAGGGCUCAGGUCCCUCAUAGAUAGAACUGGGGAAUUGUUAGAAAAACACUAUGCCAUUCAUGAAGUCGCUCUAGAGGUCAGCAAGGUACUGUUGAGCAAAUGGGCUGAGGGUUUGUACCGGUCAGUGGUUGACUUUGAAUCUUUGGCAUCUCAGUUGACGGCAGACCUCCAAGAGACUUCAGGUGAUCACCGCCUCCAUGUCUUCCACUGCGAUAUUGAGCCUGAGUCGCUUCAUGACGUUCCAAAGAUCCCUACAGCUGAAGAAGUGGGCUACAUGAUUGACGCUUUGUUUAAAAUUGAGCUUCUGCCAGGUAAUGUUGGCUAUCUAAGGUUUGACAUGAUGGCAGAUGUAGAGGUGGUAAAAGCCAUUGGGUCUCAGCUGAUAGAAUUAGUGUGGAGCAAAAUAGUAAACACAGAUACCCUAAUAAUUGACAUGAGGUACAACACAGGUGGCUAUUCAACAGCAAUUCCCCUCUUGUGCACCUAUUUCUUUGACGCCGAACCUUUACGGCAUCUCUACACUGUCUUUGACCGCACCACAACAACCAUGACAGAGGUCAUGACAUUGCCUCAGGUCAGGGGUCAAAGGUAUGGGUCCUCUAAGGACGUCUAUAUCCUUACCAGUCAUAUGACGGGGUCAGCUGCCGAAGUUUUCACCCGCACUAUGAGGGACCUGAAUAGGGCCACAAUCAUUGGGGAGCCAACGAUUGGAGGGUCUCUAUCAAGUGGAACCUAUCAGAUCGGGCACAGUGUCCUGUACGCUUCCAUCCCUAACCAGGUUGUGUUGAGUGCGAUCACUGGGAAAUUGUGGAGCGUUUCAGGGGUUGAGCCUCAUGUUAUUGCCCAGGCAAAUGACGCUCUUCCUGUUGCACAGAGAAUCAUAGCAGGAAGGCUGCUGAAGAGAGAAAACCUUGCAGCCAAAACAGUGCCAUUUGACAAAGAACUUCUUCAGAGAAGGAAGUUCUGCUCAACAAGCUCCACUUCCAGUCUACUCACUUUUUGUCAGAAUAAACUAACAAAAAUGGUAAAGGCUCUCUUUCUGGUGGCAUCUCUGCUGGUUUUGGGAAAUGUUUACUUUAUUCAUGCCUCGUUUCCCCCCAGCCUCCUCGUAGAUAUGGCAAAAAUCGUCAUGGACAAUUACUGCUCACCAGAGAAGCUGGUGGGAAUGAAGGAGGCAAUUGACGCCGCCAGCAGCAACACAGAGAUUCUCAACAUCCCAGACGGUGAAUCAUUGGCUAAUGUCCUCAGUGCUGGAGUCCAGACCACAGUUAGUGACCCACGCGUGCUUGUCUCUUUUGAGCCAAACUAUGUUCAUGUGGUUCCACCGAAGAUGCCACCCUUGCCCCCUGAGCAGCUCAUUGCCGUUCUUCAGACUGCGAUCAAGCUCGACAUCCUAGAUGGCAACAUUGGCUACCUGAGGAUUGAUCACAUCCUUGGGGAGGAGGUUGCUGACAAGGUUGGCCCUUUGCUCCUAGACCUGGUCUGGAAUAAAAUCCUGCCAACCUCAGCUCUCAUCUUCGACUUGCGCUACACCAGCAGCGGUGACAUCUCAGGAAUUCCCUACAUUGUGUCUUACUUCACUGAAGCUGAGCCUCUGAUUCACAUUGACAGCGUGUAUGACCGUCCCUCAAACACCACCACUAAGCUAUUUUCUAUGCCUACACUGCUGGGGCACAGGUAUGGCACUACCAAACCCCUCAUUAUCCUUACCAGCAAAAACACUAAGGACAUUGCCGAGGAUGUUGCCUACUGCCUCCAGAACCUGAAGAGGGCGACCAUUGUGGGUGAGAAGACCUCCGGGGGCGCUGUGAAACUCGAUAAAAUCAAAGUGGGCGACACUGACUUCUACAUUACUGUGCCAACGGCAAAGUCCAUCAAUCCCAUCACUGGCUCCAGCUGGGAGGUUACAGGUGUGGCUCCUGAUGUGGAGGUCAACGCGGAGGACGCCCUCGCUACAGCCAUCAAGAUCGUCAACCUCCGUGUCCAAGUUCCAGCCAUCAUUGAGGGAUCAGCUAACCUGAUUGCUGACAACUAUGCCUUUGAAAAUAUCGGGGCUGAUGUUGCUGAAAAGUUGAAAGGGCUCCUGGCAAACGGCGAGUACAGCAUGGUUGUCUCCAAAGACGAUCUAGAGGCGAAGCUGUCCGCUGACCUGAAGACGCUAUCUGGGGACAAGAGUCUGAAGACAACCAAGAACACCCCAGCCCUGCCCCCCAUGAAUUAUUCUCCCGAGAUGUACAUUGAGCUGAUCAAAGUCUCCUUCCACACUGACAUAUUUGAGAACAACAUUGGCUACCUGCGUUUUGACAUGUUCGGAGACUUUGAAGAGGUCAAGCCCAUUGCUCAGAUUAUUAUUGAGCAUGUCUGGAACAAAGUUGUCAACACUGAUGCUAUGAUUAUUGACCUCAGGAACAACAUUGGUGGCCCAACAACAGCCAUCUCAGGCUUCUGCUCGUACUUCUUUGACGCAGAAAAGCAGAUUGUGCUGGAUAAGCUGUAUGACAGACCAUCCGGCACCACCACAGAGCUUCUGACCCUGCCUGAGCUCACUGGCAUAAGGUACGGCUCCAAGAAGAGCCUGAUCAUCCUGACCAGCGGAGUGACUGCAGGCGCAGCAGAGGAGUUUGUUUACAUCAUGAAGAAGCUCGGCCGCGCUAUGAUUGUCGGAGAGACCACCGCCGGGGCCUCCCACCCGCCCAAGACCUUCCAAGUUGAUGACACCGACAUCUUCCUCAGCAUCCCCACCGUCCACUCUGACAGUGCCGUAGGGCCAGCUUGGGAGAGAGUUGGCGUCACACCUCACAUUCCCGUCUCAGCUGACGCUGCCCUGGGGACCGCCAAGGGCAUCUUCAACAAGCACUUUGCAGGCCAGAAGUAAACCACGACUAGGACAAAGCCAGUGGGGUUUUAGUGGUCACUUUUGCUUUGGCAGCCAAAAGGAUUUCAAGAUUUAGAAUCUAGACUUGUUUAAGAAGUGAAGAAUGUAGAUUAAGUACAAAGUAACAAGUCUAAUCUCUCAUUCAUCAGCUCAAGUUGUUUAGCAAAUGUCCAACAGUAGGAUUUACUUCUAGUUUUUAUUUCUGUUGAAUGUUACACUGGCUGUUGAAGGUUUUCAGAAUGAAUGGCUCUGAGAUGCCAGUAUACAUAAGUAUGUGUCAAAGAUCAGUUGUAACAUCAAAACAUUCAACUUUCAAACAUUUUAUUUUUCAGAGGUCACCUGCAAAAAAGAAGAAACUAAUUAAGUAAACACACGCAAAAUGCGUUCAGACUAAGUUUGCUAAUUGUCCAAAUUUGGAAUUGGGACCUCUGUGAAGUAAUCCACUUGUUGCUCUGGUCAGAAAACCAUCACUUGUCCUCCCUGUGUAUGGGGAAUACUGUAUGUCCAAUAUGUCAUGUGGGCCUUCUUGGGUCAAAUUAAUUUCA